UUUUACUUACCGUUGCCAACAUAACACUUUGACAUUUCGUUCUUUUGUUGUGAAGGUUAAAACGUGUAAACAGUCCCAAAAGUAAAACAAUGGCUAAAGAAGAAGAAGACGACAAAUUACCAGAUCAAGACGCUGCAAAAGAGUUUUACGCCAAAUACGAACCCAAGGAAAUUCUUGGAAGAGGAAUAAGUUCAACCGUUCGCCGAUGCAUUGAAAAAGAGACUGGUAAAGCCUUCGCCGCAAAAAUCAUUGAUUUAAGCAACGAUAACGGUGAAGGCAUCUCUGCUAAAGAGGCAACGAGACAGGAAGUCGCCAUUUUGCGUCACGUGGCCGGACAUGCAUACAUAAUUGAAUUACAGGACGUUUUUGAAUCACCCACAUUUAUUUUUUUGGUUUUUGAAUUGUGCAAAAACGGAGAAUUGUUCGAUUAUUUGACUUCAGUGGUGACUUUAUCAGAGAAAAAAACAAGAUAUAUAAUGAAACAAGUGUUGGAAGGAGUGGCACAUAUACAUGCCAGGAAUAUAGUUCAUAGAGACCUCAAACCGGAAAAUAUCCUUCUCGACGAUAAUCUUAAUGUGAAAAUUACUGAUUUUGGUUUUGCGAAAAAAUUAGCCGAAGGAGAAUUGGUUCACGAAUUGUGCGGGACUCCGGGGUAUUUAGCACCGGAAACUUUGAAAUGUAGUAUGUUUGAGGAUGCUCCGGGGUAUUCAUACGAAGUUGAUGUGUGGGCCUGUGGUGUUAUUAUGUACACACUAUUAGUGGGUUGUCCACCGUUUUGGCACCGUAAACAAAUGAUCAUGUUACGAAAUAUAAUGGAGGGGAAAUACUCAUUUUCGUCACCAGAAUGGGCCGAUAUUUCAGAGGAACCAAAGGAUUUGAUACGGCGUUUAUUGGUUGUUGACCCCAAACAACGCAUUUCAAUUGACGACGCUUUAAGGCAUCCCUUCUUCCAAACAAUGCAAUUGUGGGAUCAGGAUAUUGCACCAUUGAAAUAUUCAUUGCGAAAGAACAGUCGCAGAUUCAGUAGAAUUUCAGAGCUGGCUUUGAAAUUACACCACCGUCAAUUUCAAGCUCGCCAAAAAUUCCAGUGGGCCAUUUUGGUGGUUAGAGCUGUGAUACGAUUGCAACGAUUGAAGUUUACACCAGAACCUUUGAGUUUGAAUACGGCUAGGACUGACCCUUAUCGUGUUAAACUUUUGAGAAAAAUUGUUGAUGGAUGUGCAUUUCGUGUUUACGGCCAUUGGGUGAAGAAGGGUGAAGGACAAAACAGAGCCGCUCUUUUCGAAAAUAUCCCAAAAACCGAAUUAAAACAUAUUUACGUUACCAAUUUAAGUCGAUAAUUCAUCGACAAUUGUUUAGUUUCAAUUUAGACCAAUUGUAUUAUUCAGGUUUUGAAACGAUGAGGUAUCGUUUUUGCUGUGGAGAACUCAUAUGUGAUAAUUUAAAAAAUGUUUGAUUUUUUGCCGUUGUUAUACGGCAGGAACCUGUAUUAUCAACAAAUAAAUUAUAGGAACCUGUA